UGGCCAGCCUGCCAGACCAGGACUCUUUCUAUGAUGUUGUGGACUGUCUGGAGGAGCAGGGGAUUGAGGCCAUGUCCAAGAGGCACCUUGGACGCAAGGGCACGGAUCUGGACCUGAUGGAGCAGUUCAACAUCUACGAGUCCACCUUACGCCACGAGGACGGCGACGACGACGCGCAGCCCUCGCCGUCCGGCCGCAAAGACCGGCGGCGGGCCAGCGUGGGCGGCAGCAGCGAGCGGAGGGGUCUGGAGCGACGGCGGAGCCGGAGACACUCCCUCCAGAACGGGCGGGGCCACGCCUCGGCCCCGGCGUCCCCCAGCAGCCCGCACUGCCACGGACACAACGGACACUUCCAGGCCUUCGGGGGGCAGCGCAUCGAGGACAUCAGCGAGAGAGAGGAGGAAGAGGAGGAGGAGGAAGAUGAGGAGGAGGAUGAUGAGGAGGAGGUGGACGAUGAGAGUCAUCCAAUCACUGAGGCCUCUAGACAGGGCCUACACAGCCUUGGGUCAGCCAUGGCGGACUCCUCUACUGUGUGUUUGAGUCUAAAGUGUAUGGUUAACCUGGCCCCUGACACCACCAACCCAGAGAUAGAGGGAGGGUGUGUGGAUGUCUCCAGACCGGGGGCCAGCCGUUCUGUCCCUGUGUCCACCCUACCCCACGGAGGCUUCAGGCCCAGCGCCGUGACUGUCCCUCCCCGACCGUCUGGUCCCGCCUCAGCCUCGGCCCCGAGGAAACUCCCUGGCUCGGCCCGGCUUGUAGGCCGUAAGGGCGCCUCUCUAGCCUCCUCGUCCUCUUCCUCGUCCUCCCCCGUCAGGGGACGUCCGUCCUCCUUCCCGGCCUCCCUCCCCCGCUCCCGCCCCCUCCUCCUCCUCCCCCUCCCUCUCCCCCCGGACGUGGACCGGCAGCGGGUGUCUGGCGGGGCCAAGGAGGGUGAGCAAGGACAGGCCAGGGAGAAGCUCAGCAGUCAGACAGAUGUUUCACGUGCUAACACGUCUAGAGUGUCCCGCUGGGCUGAAAGCAGACACAACAGUGGCCCAUACCCUGGGCGUCCCCAGGGCGUCGUGAGCGCCCCCACCACCCCGGUCCACCGUGUUACCGCCUCCCCGGCCUCCACCCCCGACAGCAAACCAGACAGGCCUGCCUUGGGGGGUCUGCUCUCCUCCUCCUACAGACAGCACCAGGAGUCGCUGGCUGCAGAGAGAGAGAGGAGGAGGCUGGAGAGGGAGGAGCGUCUGCAGAGGAUCGAGAGGGAGGAGAGGAACCGCUUCAAUCGGGAUUACGUGGACAAGCGCGAGGAGGUGAGGCACGCCAGAGAAGAGAGGUACAAGAACGUCGAGAGGCUAGCGUCGGAAGAGUUCGAGAGAGAGCGCCCGCGGGCGCCGACGCGAGGGCGCACGGAGAUCACGCUGUGCCUGAGCUCCAACCCCGCCAGCCGCGCCCCCUCCCGCUGUGUCACGCCCUCCUCCGUGGCCAAUCAGGAGGAGCCCUCCCCUAGCCCGCCCCAGACACAGGGAACCGAAAGAGACUUAGAGCCAAGCCUUGACACCGUGACCCGAACCAGAAGUCCAGCGCCAGAGUUAACAGUACCAGACCCUCCCCCAGAACCUCCCUCGGAGGCACCAGACGAGACACAGGCGCCAACCGAGACAGAGGCAGAGGCGGAGGCAGAGGCGGAGGCAGAGAGUGAGGACGUGGCUGAGGCUGAGGCAGAACAGGGCAGGGGUGUAGAGGUAGAGACAGAGCAACAGACAGACGUAGGCGCGAAGGAGGGAGCAAGAGAGGAGGGAGGAGAAAGGGCGGAGGUAAAGAAAGAGCCAGAGGAUGAGGUGGAGGUGGAGGAACAGGUAGAGGAAGGGGGAGAAGAGGAGGUGGAAGUGGAGCCAGAGGGAGUCGAGGUGGAGUUGGAGGAGGAGGAGAGGGAGCCGGCGCUGGGGCGAGAGGUGGAGGACAGCGUCUCGCUGAGUGAGAAGGAGAGGCAGAAUGAGGAAGUGAACGAGAAGGACAACUGCUCCGCCUCCAGCAUCUCCUCGGCCAGCAGCACGCUGGAGCGCGAGGAGCGCGAGGAGAAACUCAACAACGACAACGAAGCAGGCCAAUGGAAGCAGAGCAUCAAGGAGGCAGACAAGAACGACGAAUGCAGCAAGAUCCUCAACAGCAAGCGCUUCAUGCUGGACAUGUUGUACGCCGCCAGCAAGACGCCCAGUGAGGACGAGGAGAAGGCCGGCGAGACGGAGACGGAGAAGAAUGAGGAGGACCAGGACUCGUCCGUGGCCAGCCUGGCCAGCAGGAUCUCCACGCUGGAGGCCAACCGGCAGGCGCGGGACGAGAACAUGAAGAAGAUGGACGUCCAGCACCUGGACAACCAGGGCAGCGUCCGAGCCGUGGCCGAGAAGUUCGGCGACCUGGUCAAGGGUCUGGGGUCUCCACACGACCUGGAGGCGUCAGAGAGGCAGCAGCAGGUACUGCAGCCCGACAAAGCGCCCCCACCGGCCCCCUCCUCCCCCCUGCCCCCUAAGAAGGAGUCGGACUACAUCUGGGACCAGCUCAUGGCCAACCCCAGGGAGCUGCGGAUCAAAGAGCUGGACUUCACCGACCUGGCCGACGAGGAUGACCUGGACAUCCUGGACGUGGACAGUGUCAUGGGCUCCAGCGACCUCAUGGCCCCCCCGCCGCCUCCGCCCUGCAAUGCUGCUCUGCCCCCGGCCCCACCGCUGUUCGGGUGCCCCCCACCCCCUCCUAUCCUGGGCAUGAAGAUGGCCCCCAUCCCUCCCCCACCCUUCAUGGCUCCAGCCCCUCCACCCCAGCCCCCGCUUAACUCCCCCCAGCUCGGAAGAGGGGAGCCCCCUCUCUUCCAGAAGAAGAAGAAGACCAUUAGAUUGUUCUGGAACGAGGUUCGGCCCAUGGACUGGCAGUACAGGAACCAUAAAUGCUGCAAAGAAUCUCUGUGGUCCAAACUGGAGCCCGUCAAACUGGACACGUCAAAACUGGAGAAUCUCUUUGAGUCCAAGUCCAAGGAGCUGCCUGUCACCAAGAAAGCAGCCGUCGAUGGGAAACGACAAGAGAUCAUAGUCCUGGAUUCCAAACGGAGCAAUGCCAUCAACAUCGGUCUGACUGUUUUACCCCCACCCCGCACCAUCAAGACGGCCAUUCUUAAUUUUGAUGAGUACGCGUUAAACAAGGAAGGCAUUGAGAAAAUCCUGACAAUGAUCCCGACGGAGGAGGAGAAGCAGAAGAUCCAGGAGGCCCAGCUGGUCAGCCCCGACGUGCCCCUGGGCUCAGCCGAGCAGUUCCUCCUCACCCUCUCCUCCAUCACCGAGCUGUCCGCCCGCUUGCAGCUCUGGGCCUUCAAGAUGGACUACGAGGUCAUGGAGAAGGAAGUGGCCGAGCCCCUGCAAGACCUGAAGGAAGGGAUGGACCAAUUAGAAAAGAACAAGACCCUACGCUACAUCCUGUCCACGCUCCUGGCCAUAGGCAACUUCCUCAACGGCACAAACGCUAAGGGCUUUGAGCUGAGUUACCUGGAGAAGGUUCCGGAGGUGAAGGACACGGUCCACAAGCAGUCCCUGCUGCACCACGCGUGCUCCAUCGUGGUUGAGAAGUUUCCAGACAGCUCCGACCUCUACUCUGAGAUAGGAGCCGUCACUCGUUCAGCUAAGGUGGACUUUGACCAGCUACAGGAGAAUCUGAGCCAGAUGGAGCGAAGGUGCAAAGCAUCCUGGGACCACCUCAAGGUCAUCGCCAAGCACGAGAUGAAACCGGCACUGAAACAGAAAAUGUCGGACUUCCUGAAGGACUGCGCAGAGAGAAUCAUCAUCCUAAAGAUCGUGCAUCGGAGGAUAGUCAACAGGUUCCACGCCUUCCUGUUGUUCCUAGGACAGCCGGCCUACGGCGUGCGGGAUGUGAGCGUCCAUCGCUUCAGUAAGAUCCUCAGCGAGUUUGCCCUGGAGUACCGGACCACUCGCGAACGGGUCCUCCAGCAGAAGCAGAAGAGGGCCAACCACCGCGAGAGGAACAAGACCAGGGGGAAGAUGAUCACUGACAACGGAAAGUUUGGCGGCACGUCUCCGGAGGGCCGCGAGAGCCCGCCCCAGGGCCUGCAGUACGCCGAGGACGCCGCGGAGCACGAGAACAUGAAGGCGGUCCUGAAGAGCAGCUCGCAGGGCGGCGACAGUGGGUCGUCCACCGUGCCGGGCUUGCGCACGCGCAGCAGGGCCAACAGAGGUCGCAUCGCCCCGUGGUCCUCGGCGACCGACGACCCAGUGAACGGUACGGAGGCGGACACGGCGGACGAGAUCAUGGAGCGCAUUGUCCGUUCCGCCACGCAGGGGCCAAGCCAGCGCACGCAGCCUCGCGAGAGGAAGAGGUCCCGGGCCAAUCGCAAGUCAUUGAGAAGGACACUGAAGAACGGCUUGACUCCAGAGGAGGCCCAUGCUCUGGGGCUGGCCAGUGGCUCAGAGAUGCAGGUGUGACAAGGAGCUGGAUCAAGCAGGACACACACACACACAUCUGAGAAUCCCACUGCCCCUCCCUCAUCUCGCCGGCCGGCCAGCCAGCCAGCCACCCAACUGCAACAAGGCUGGCACCAACCCUGGCACCAACCCUGGCACCAACCCUGGCACCAACCCUGGCACGGCCUGGAUGUGUGGAUCUCACCUUUAUGUUUAGACACCAGUGUGUGUCUCUUGAUAAAGUUGGACAGAGACAUGCUGAAAAGAAAAGUGUCCAGCGAUACUAAUUGUAUCCAGAGACAUGGAGGCCACACAUUUUGUUUCUGGUCAGCAAAGUGGUUCUGUGAGGGCAAUGGCGGACUCUCCUACCCUCCACUUUCUCAGGUCCUGAGGGAAACAUUCAAACCACUAAACUAUGAGGUUUUACUUGAGUGCUGAUUCAACACGCUGGUCCUAUCAGGGUCAAGUGUAAAUUUGAACAUGGGUGUUGGGGACAUGUUGGAGAAACGUCUCCGACUUCAAAUGUAAAAAGCAAGUCUUAAUCCCAGUGGGUUUGUGACCAUGGCUGAGAGGUAUUCCUGUCAACAGAGAGCUCUGGAGCCCCAAUGUUACUUGGCUAAGUGAGUGCUUGAAUAACUGUGGCCUUCAGCCUGAGCCACAAGGGCUUAUCGCAGCGUAGAACUCCGUAGCUACGCCAACCCUCGACGAGAAACGUCUGAGAUUGUGCAGAGCUUGGGUUGUCACCCGUGUGGUUUUAGCGAUAACAAAAAGAAAAUUGUGGUUGUAUUUUCUUUCUCUUUUGAUAUAUUUGUCUCUGUGCACACAACAGUUAUUCUGCUUCAUUGUACUACUGUAGUAGUUUUGUCUAAAAGUACUUUUAUGCUGAAGAAGGUGAUCAGAUGAGGAAUAUUUGCACUGGAUGUAGAAGUUUGAUUUUUAGAGAGGGAGUGAUUAAUCCUUGACACUGUCACACCACUCCGACAUCCACUAAACAUGUAAACAAACCAUCCUGUAUAACCAGCAACCAAGCAGUAGCACAGUUUGUCAUAAAAUAAAACUUCUUAAGGCAGUAUCAAGAUUCCAUCUUCCAUAGAUUGAGCUCGGUUACAGUGAGUUGGAAUUUGUGUUGGAGGAGGGAUGAACUGGAAUUUGUGGAACAUGGCAUGGUGUGUGGGAGAGGAAUGUGGAACACGCUUUACGCUACGCGGAAUUGAAACAGUGGAUAAAAGGAUUUUAUGGAAUGGAUAAUACAGUGAUUGGCUUUUGAGUGAGCUGCAAGUUGACAUGGGAGCAGAGUGGUUGGAUAGUGCUGGGCCCAAGCUUACACAUGUAAUGCAUACUGAAUAUCUAGCUUGAGCAAACCUACAGAAUAAACACAUGCUGCAUGUAAGACACCAGGCAGGUGAUCACCACUGAUGCAGGUCAUUAGUCCAUAGUUGACCACACUUAUAAUGUGACUGAGGUGUUAGAAUUGAGAGAGUGGCUUGGUAGAAAUUUGACCACUCAUCACGUGAAAAAAAUGAGUGACCUUUAAUAUUCAAGAAAAAAAAGUUCAACAAAUAUUUGUGUGUUGUUUUAUAGAAAUGAUGAGCUGCAAAUGAAUGAGUGCCUUUUAGAGAUGUCUAUUUAUUAAGCCAUGUUCAGGGACAUAAUCUAGAGAAUGUCACUGUGUGAAACUAAAGACAUACAGCAAACAGAGCUUGGGGUAGCAUUAUCACUUAGACCAAGGACUUGGAACCAUUGACCAUUCAACAGCUGUCUUUUUUUUUCAUUCUCUUUAACAUCCAGAAAUCAGAUCAACUAUGUUCCAUGGCAAUUACAUGUCUUCUACUUCCAUGUAGUUUGUGGUACCAGUAAAUAAUUCAAUAUAAACAUGAUUUAUUUUUAUUUUAUUAGGGCAAAUAGCUAAAUCCAUCUGCCUUAAUGUAGAAUUAUCUGAACUUUCCCACACUGCUGACUAUCUAUUGAGGUUCUUGGAUCUAGUCAGACUUGUUUUUGUAAUGGUCAUUAGCAAUUGUUUGAAAAGUUGUGAGAUUGUUCUACAGUCACAAAUGCCCACUGUGAUGGAAGCAUAGCCAUUGUUGAGAGAUUAAAAAAAAUGAUCAAAGUGCUAUGUGUGCAGCACCUUGAGUGAUUAUCCACAACCAGCCGCAAAAUAUUUGCCACGCUUAUGUCUAUCUUGUGAGUACUUUCUGGCAACUUUGGAUGAAACCUUUUCUGCACCUUAUACACCAUUUGUAGCAUGCAUCUUUUAUGGAAACAAGUAGAAGAUGAGAUAUCUGUUUAGCCUCUUUCCCAGAUGGUACAGUACUUUGAGUAUUGGCACAACAAAAAAAAGCUGAGUACAUGUAAAGUAAAAGUAGACGAAUGCUGUAAAAAGAAAUAUGUAAAUGUCACGACUGUUUGUCUUUAAUUUGUCGGUAUUUUGUAUAGAAUAGUGUAUUAUAGUUAAAUCAGUAUUAUUCUAAGAAUGUUAUUUUGUAUUGUUAUCAUUGUAAUUUAAGCGAAACCAAGCCAUGCAUGGUUUAAAAUGUCUGCAGAUAUGUCACUUCAACUAGAAUCUGAGGGAGGUUGGUUUGAUAUUUCUGAGACGUGUUUGUUUUGUUGUACGUUUUUACUCUGCACAGACUUGAAAACAUAGUAGGAUGCAGUGAUCCAUUUAACCACCUUAGCACUCCUGUGGAAGCCUCGGAAGCCUUCGAUUCCAUUGCACUCAACAACAAUCCGUUUCUUCUCAUUUCAACAUUAGCCCGUGUUACCCAUUGCUGCCUGUGCCAUACCACGUCAUUGUGGGGCUUGGAUACAAGUGCUGUACUAUCAAAACUCUGUGAGCUUUUCUUGCAUCUAUGCCCACAACAGAAAUGUAUGUAUGAAAAUAAAUGCAAUAAAAAUUAAAAAAAAGGCUCAUCAAAGAGUUGUGAGGAGUGUUGACAUGCUACUGCUAAGAUGUCACCUGUGUUCUUUGGUACAGUAAAUGAGAUCCUCUGCUGGUUACGUUAAAAACUGCAACUUGGGAUGGCCGUAGACAUUAAAUGUGUGAAGGUGCAAUAUUUCAGUGUGGUUUCUCGAAGAAUAUUUGGAACCUUGCACGUUUUUAGGGCUUACCAACUGCCACUGUCAGUGAGUCCUGUGUGCUGUUUUUUUUAAGGCUUUGCUGCUCAGUAUUAACGAUUUAACAGUUUGAUCCUUCAGUUAGUGUGCUGUGUACUAACAGACAUACGCCACCACAAUGUACAAUUGAAACAAAGAAAAGUUAAGCCUCUUUUAUUUUCAGUCCACACUACCCAUGCUGCAAGUCACUCACACAGAUCUUAACUGCUCCAGAGUGUAUGCAGAUUAAUGACAAAUAUAACAAUACACUUGUUCAGAUGUUCACUCAUGAUCAUCAUACAAAACUCAUAUUUGGUCUUGUUUUAAUAUUUCUAUGCCCACAGGUGUCAUGGAUCGGUAAAUGUGAUUAUGGUUUGUGUUUAAUAAACUAAGCAGAGACAGCGUAUGAUGAACAAGACAUCUAGAAAAGAAAUACACAAGAAAUACGACUAAUAACGAAAGCUCCAAAGAAAUGAAGAAAAAAAAAAGGGAAAAAGAUUUGAGAGA